AUGCCUUCCGACGACGCAUUUGAUUUGUACAGACAGCCCAAAACCACUGCUCCUGCGAGCAGGAAGAGGGGAAGCAUGCGGCAUCCUGGGGAAAGCAAUAGUGAUCCCUCAAAGAAAAGGGCUCGGACUGAGGAUCCUCCUGCACCUAUACCUUCCAAGGAAACUACUCCUCCAGCUCCCGUCGACCAGACUCCUCCACCAGCUCCCGUCGACCCGACUCCUCCAACUACUGUCAACCCAAUGCCUCCUGACCAGUCAGGAAAAACUCAGGCCGAGGCUAUUCUGAACACAGCCUAUAACUCGGCAAAUGACAAAUUGAAGAAGCUAUCAAGACAUCGGUGCAGUCAGGAAGCCUUCAGUAAUGUCUCCUCCAUGAAGGUCAAGCAGAUUCCCAGUCGCUCAUUGAAUGAAAUACUCAGUGGAGUUUUUACCCUGAGUACCAACUGGCGUCGCUCGGAGGAGACGUAUGCCAAGCAUGCUAAAGAAAUUAAAGCUGUCGAGGGAAGACUCAUCGAGAAGCUCAAAGCAGUCAAGGAUAGACACGCCCAACUGCUCGAGGAGCUAAGAGCAGCUGAGGAGAAAAAUGCCAAACUGGGCGGGGAGCUGAAGCAACAUAAGGAGGCCUUGGCCAAAGACACCGAAUCCAAAGAGAGGUACAGGGAGUCUUCAGUGUUGAACUUCAAAGAGGCCUCCAAACUCAAAAACGAACUGGCGAUCAGCAGGAAAGAAACUGCUGAGUUGGAGGAGCGAGUUAAAUUGCUCGAAGAAACCAACGCUAGUGAUCUGGAGUGGUUCAAGGGAGCAACCUUCAACUACUUUUAUAUGUUCUGGAAAAACAACCGCGAGGCGAACUUUGAUUAUUUACCAGAGCGUAUAAAGCAGGAUGAGCUUGCUAAAUGCAUUGCUCACCGUAAAGAGGAGGAGAAAGUUCAGGCAUCUCCCGAGAUCUCUUUGGCGAUGGGUAUUGACGGCAUCAGUGAGGAUGCUGGGACCUCCAUCGACCACCAGCCUCAACAAGAUCCUCCAGCUGCUCCAUAA